ACUCUGGUGCGUCAUACAGCAUACACGAGCGGAGACGCUACUGUUGAGAAGCCUAACAUUGGCCAAACAAGGUAGCCAACUUCUUCGUCUGAGACAUCUUUGGGAGCCUACAAUGUCAAAACGAGAGAAUAAAGAAGAAGAGGUCCUUCCAACAACGAAAGACAUCGAGGAACCAGAGUCUAAAAAAGCCAAGAAAGAUGACGAAAAGCCAGAAAAAGAAGUGGAUGUUCCAAUUCUAUACCAAGAUCCCCCUGAUAAGCUCACCUCAUCCAGUGGCAAAAAAUAUACUUUGAAGGUCACUUCCUGGAAUGUAGAUGGCAUCCGAGCCUGGUUGAAGAAGAAGGGCCUGGAGUGGGUGAAGGAAGAGGAUCCCGACGUGCUCUGCUUACAAGAAACAAAGUGUGCAGAGAAACAGCUGCCUGCUGACAUUCGGGAUCUGGCCGAAUACCCCCAUAAAUUUUGGGCCUGUUCCAGUGACAAGGAAGGCUACAGUGGCGUGGCCCUGCUCUCCAAGAACAAGCCUCUGGACGUCACCUAUGGGAUUGGUGAGGAGGAGCACGAUAAAGAAGGCCGGGUGAUCACAGCAGAAUUCCCCUCCUACUUUCUGGUGACCGCCUAUGUGCCCAACGCCGGUCGGGGACUGGUGCGCCUGGAAUACCGCCAGCGCUGGGAUGAGGCCUUCCGCUCUUACCUGGAAGGCCUGGCUGCCCGCAAGCCCCUUAUCCUGUGUGGGGACCUCAACGUAGCCCACCAGGAGAUUGAUCUGAAGAACCCCAAGGGGAAUAAAAAAAAUGCUGGCUUUACUCUAGAAGAACGGGCUGGUUUCACCCAACUGUUAGAAGCUGGCUUUGUCGACACUUUCCGGCAUCUCUACCCCGACACCCCCCAUGCCUACACUUUCUGGACAUACAUGAUGAAUGCCCGGGCUAAGAAUGUGGGAUGGCGGCUUGACUACUUUGUCAUCUCCAGAGGGCUUCUGGAAGGGCUGUGUGACAGCAAGAUCCGCUCCUCAGCCUUGGGGAGUGAUCACUGUCCCAUCACCCUCUAUGUGGCCGUGUAACAUAGGGUUACAUGCAGAGGAAAGCCCCAAGCUUAUUAUUACAGCUUGAGUGGGAAAAGAAAAUCGGAGCUAAAAUUAUGUCUAUGACUACUUAACCCUAAUUUUGGAGCAGUGUUUUUCAACCAUGGCAGCUUUCAGACUUGUGAACUUCCAACUCCCAGAAUUCUGGGUGGCUGACUGGGUGGGAACUCUGGGAGUUGAAGUCAACACAUCUGAAGGUCACCAAGGUUGAGAAAUACUGCUUCAGACUCAGGAUUUGAAUUCUGUUCCAUCAGGUCUUGUUUUGGGGUUCCUCUGCCUGCACAAGUUCUCUAGAAAAGUUUAAUGAUUUAAAACAGAGCUGGGGAACUAUAGCCUUUUUAUGAGCUAUACUAGCUCAGGAAUUCUAGGAAUUGAAGCCCACAAUCAUAAAGGAGCCAUCAUUCCAUACCUCUGGCUUAAAAGGUGGGGCUGGAGCAGGGAGGUGCAAGCUAUUAAAAGCAUCCAUUGAUUCCUGAGAUAGCAAAGAUCAUAUUGGUAUCUUUUGUUUUCUAGUUUUU